UGCGGUGAAAGAUGUUUUGAAAAUAGGCGAUGGUGCCAAAAACUUAUUUUUAUUGUAGGUUUACCCGCGAAAGACUGAUCCAUGCUGUUUUUGCUAAGUAGAGAUUUGAGAAUAUAGAUUUGUUCUCACAAUCACAGAAAAACCUUCGAUAUCGGAAUGAUAAAAAUCACGUCAACCCGGCUCUUCUCCGUCAGCUGUGCGGUUCGUUCAUCGACGAAGGCAGCAAAAGUGCUCAAUAAACUCAUGAGCGGCAGUAACAAGGCUAAGAAGAAACGAUACUAUGAUGAAACUAACGAUCGUACGCCUAAACUGAUGCCAGCAACCUCCCUUGCGAGCACCAAUCGCCAAGGGAAGGAAUCAAGUCGUCGUGUGGCCGUUCUGAAUAAGCUGUUUAUGAAAAACAUAACCGAUCUCAUGGCAACCGGCUCCUUCGCUAGCGAUCUGUAUGGCUAUGGUAUACAGAUUUCUCGCGUUCGUGUCGCACCGGACUUUCGUGAAGCGAGUAUUUACUGGUUUUCUUCUAGUCUCAACAAGGACGUUAAAAUUGAGAUCAUCCUCAAACAGUUAUCGUAUCGCUUACGCCAUGAACUGUCUCAGCUUCGGGUGAUGGGUGAGGUUCCAGUGCUCAUGUUUGUCCAGGACAAACGGUACUAUGUCGAAGGAGUGCUAAAUGCUCUGUUGAAGGAGGCGGACUAUGGAGAUGAUGGCGAGGAAGUCAGUGAUCCGACUGCAACAGUGGUAGAAGAACGUAUACGUGAGCCUGAAAUGAGGCACGAUAUACUCGGAUUAGACCAUGCUCAAAUCAUGAACCGCAUACGACAAUCGGUGGACAAGACCAACAAGGCGUGGAAGAUGCACCAGGAAGCGCAACGAAAGCAUUCCAGUGCAGCAGAUCCGCGGAAGAAGGACGCAACAACAGCAAAUGAGGAUGUGUAAUUUCUUUCGUAGUUUAAAUUCUUAGUUUAACCAAAAUAUAGAUCAAAUGUAUUUCAAACACCAAUUGAUUGUUCUCGUCAUAAUAGUUUAUUUCUAAACCAUGUAUUUUAUACACAUCGAAGUUAUGUAGGUGACGGCAAGGAUGGUCAAAUUAUUUCUGCAAUGGAAUAAAUGCCAUAACGAUAGAAUUAGUAAAAUGUUCAACAAGAAUUCGAAUGAAUUUCGGAAAAUCGAAUCGAUUCAGUAAUUACCAAAUAAUAAAAUCAUUAAAUAUCAUUCGAAAGAUGGUGUACUUUAAGUCAUCAUUCUUAAAAAAAAAACGAACAUGGUAGAG